UGAUGACACGACGGACGAUGUCGUUUCCCCUUUGUAACCCGCCUGGAGCGGAGUGAGCGUGCCUGCAGCUAUCGGGGGUCACCCGCGUGAAGGGCACGCGCUCUGCUCGGAGGAGACACGGAGGAGACCCCGCUGGGUUUGUGCUAGCGCUGGUUCAUGCUUGAUGUAUGCACUGCAGACCUUUGAGCACUCGCUUCACUUGUAGCUGGCCUUUAUUUUCUAUAAAGGCAAGUGAUUGAGUACAGAAUCGCAGCUUCAUUUGGAAAUGUCUGCUGUUUUCUCCUGAGGCGGCGGGAAGAUAUCCGAACUUCUGUUUCUGGGACGUAUCCAUGACGACCACCCUGACCUCCCUCAUCCUUCACUGUUCCCUCCUCUGAUUGGCCCCCUCCACCGCCCAUUGUGUUUGAACCUUGACGAGGGUGCGUCCCUCCGCCCGCCUUUUAACGGAACAGGACGGGUGCGGAGACGAGAGUGUGGUGGAGAGGAGAGCAACGUGUGUGGCCCAGACACAAUGCUCGAGAGGGAGGAGGAGAAGACCCAAACCCCGUGCCCUGGAACCUCGUAGGCGCACGCACCCCUCGUUUCUACGGCGACAGCUGCAUAGCCUCACUCUUGCUGAGGAGAGGAGGUGUUCUUUGACGCCGUACGCCGUGAUUGGUCAGGAUGCCAGCAAAGGGGAAGUACAUGCUGAACGAGCAGAAGCUGAAGCAGGAAGCACUGUACAGGAAGUUUUCAUGCAUCAGCCAAUACCAGCCCCUGGUGCUGCUGCUCGGACUGAGCGCGCUCAUGUGCGCUACUCUGCUGGUGCUCUUCUUUAGCAUGAAACUGAAUGUACAUAACCACGUCUUGUUUGUGGGGGUGGUGAGUGGGGCACUGUGUGUGUUCCUUGCUGUGUUUGUGCUGGUGUGUGCUGAGGCCUUCACGCAGAGAUGGACGACACUGCUCGGUCUAGUUGUAUGGGCCACACACCUGACUAUGGGAUUCACGUUUAUCUACAGCAGAAGUCAGAUUGAGCCCUGGGAUCAGGUUCCCUUCUUCCUCUUCAUCAUCAUCACGGUGUUCACGCUGCUGCCCUUCCACAUGUGGUAUGCCGUUGUCCUCAGCAUCCUCUCCUCCCUCUCGCACCUUAUUGUCCUGGCGCUGCACUUCACCUUGGUUACGCCCGCCCCCAACCUUACCAGUCAGCUGAUGUCCAAUGUGGUUGUGUUUCUCUGUGGGGGCGUGGUGGGAGCGUUCCAUAAGUUUCUGAUGGAGAAGGCCCUCAGGCAGACGUUUCAGGACACACUCCGCUGCCUCAGAAUACGCAUGAAACUGGAGAUCGAGAAGAGACAGCAGGAAAGCUUGCUGCAGUCAGUGCUGCCUGUGUACAUCUCCAUGGAGAUGAAGCUGGCCAUAAUGGAACGCUGUAAAUGCAAAGAUAAGGAGGCACAUCAGCGACUGGUCAAAGACAAUAACUUCCAUAGCCUCUAUGUCAAGAGGCAUGAAAACGUCAGUAUCCUGUAUGCGGACAUCGUCGGCUUCACCCGGCUGGCCAGUGACUGCUCCCCUAAAGAGCUGGUGAUCAUGCUGAAUGAACUCUUUGGAAAGUUUGACCAGAUUGCAAAAGAGAAUGAGUGUAUGAGGAUAAAGAUCCUAGGUGAUUGUUAUUACUGUGUGUCUGGGCUGCCGGUGUCUUUACCCAACCAUGCCAGGAACUGUGUCAAAAUGGGCUUAGACAUGUGUGAGGCUAUUAAGCUUGUUCGGGAAGCAACAGGUGUCGAUAUUAAUAUGCGAGUGGGCGUGCACUCUGGGAAUGUGCUCUGUGGUGUGAUUGGUCUACGCAAAUGGCAGUUUGAUGUCUGGUCACAUGAUGUUACUUUGGCCAAUCAUAUGGAGUCUGGAGGGUUGCCAGGCCGGGUGCACAUCACCGAGGCAACCCUGAAGCACCUAAACAAGGCCUAUGAGGUGGAAGAAGGUGAUGGUCAUCUGAGAGACGCCUACCUGAAAGAACUCCACGUCAGGACUUACCUGGUCAUAGAUCCCCGGUCGAAGGACCCUGCCCAGAGUAGUCGCAGCGUCCCCAAGCAGCGUGUCAAUGACGUGCUGAAGAUGCGCGCGUCUGUGAGAAUGACGCGCUACCUGGAGUCCUGGGGCGCCGUUAAGCCCUUCGCCCACCUGCAGAGCAGAGAGGGAUUCAUCUCCGACGCCCUGGUCAACGGCAAGAACCGCUGCAAGGACAUCCCUCUGAGAUCAGCUCCCCUGAAAAUCACAGAGAGCUUUGAUGAGUCUCUUGAGGAGCCCCUCCCCUUGCCUGCCCCUCCAUUCAGCAACAAUAAGAACAAGUCCCAGAAGAGCAAGUUUGAUGAGGAACUACACAACGAGAUGAUCACCACCAUCGAUGAACUGAGCUCCAGCAAACAGUGGGUGAAGUCCGAGGAGAUCUCCGGCCUGACGUUGUGGUUCACCAAGCGAGAGAUGGAGAAACAGUACAGGACUAUAGAAAUGCCCAGCUUCAGGUACUACGUCGUCUGUGCCACCUUCAUCUUUCUCUGCAUCUUCAUAGUUCAGAUGUGUGUCACCAAAGAGCGGAGGAAGCUAGCUGUGGCAUUUACAGUGCUGGUCUGCGCUUUGCUGCUCACCCUCGGCAUCUGUUUUGCGGGUCACAUUCAGAAGUUGUUCCCAGAGAAGUUCGAGUCCUGCCAGUGGUUGCCAGCUGUGUCGGAGGCGGUGGUCAAGAGACCUUUUGUGCGUCUGCCCCUAGUAACCAUCGCUACGACAGUUAUUGUCAUCAUUGCUUUGUUCAACCUGAGUGCUAAAGCGCCAAGUCGGUGUCCUAAUGAGUCCUACUCUGCUGGCGGAAAUGGAGGUCACAUAAAUGAUGAACACCAUGUAUUUCCUUACUCCGUAUACAGCUGUAUCCUGGCCUUACUGGUGUGUGCCGUGUUUCUGAGAGUCAGCUUCGAGCUGAAGGUCGCCUUCCUCUUCAUCGCCUGUGCCAUUUAUUACAUCAUCAUCUGUACCCAGAUUGAUGUGUAUGCCACCCACAACUGCCAUCUCUAUAACAGCAGCUCUGAUGGUUCUGGGGAUGAACCAAUGAAUGAAGGGCUAAUGAAAAACUCACUGACUAUGAGCUGCAUCUACAUCACUCUCUUCCUGUUCACUAUGCUGCUGAUAUCACGCCAGGACGAGUUCUGCUGUCGGCAGGACUUCCUGCUGAAAAACAAGAACCGCAUGGACAAGGAUGCCAUCGAACUGUGCGAGAACCUGACCCGCCUGCUCCUGGAGAACGUUCUCCCUGCACACGUGGCUGCGCUCUUCGUGGGCGAGAACAAAAAGAACGAGGUGGGACUGCCGUCCACUAACACGUUACUAAACCAGAAGUACAAGGAUCUGUACUACAAAUCGUACGAUUGCGUGUGCGUGAUGUUUGCCUCGGUACCUGAUUUUAAGGAGUUUUACACAGAGUGUGACAUCAACAAAGAGGGGCUGGAGUGUUUGCGACUGCUCAAUGAGAUCAUUGCAGACUUCGAUGAGUUGCUGUCUAAGCCCAAGUUCAGCGGCGUUGAGAAGAUCAAGACCAUCGGGAGCACAUACAUGGCUGCCGCUGGCCUUAGCGGAACACCUGGACAGGAGAUUAACCAGGACCGCGACAGACAGCAUGCCCAGAUCGGGAUCAUGGUGGAGUUCGCCAUCGCCCUCGUUGGAAAGCUGGACGGCAUCAACAGGCACUCGUUCAACAGUUUCAGACUACGUGUGGGGAUAAACCACGGCCCAGUGAUAGCUGGUGUGAUCGGGGCUCGUAAGCCACAGUACGACAUCUGGGGGAACACUGUGAACGUGGCCAGUCGGAUGGAGAGCACUGGGGAGCUGGGAAAAAUCCAGGUCACGGAGGAGACAUCGUCCGUCCUGCAGAAGCUGGGCUACUCGUGCGAGUGCCGGGGCCUGAUAAAUGUGAAGGGGAAAGGGGAGCUCAAAACCUUUUUUGUGUGUACGGACAAGCAGCAGGGAAUGAGCCUCAGCUGAACCCAGCACCACUGGUACUGACCCGGCCAGCCCAACUGUUCCACGCACAUCCACACACACGGCUAUGGGAGUUUUCUCUGUUCCUGGUAUCUCUUUAUGGAUGUGGCAUUCUACCACCAUCUUGCUAUAUUAACUUGGAAUGGGUGUUGUGUGUUGUUUUUGAUGUUCUAUGUUAUGUAAUUCUACAGACAAUGCUGCAUAUCGGAAGAUCCGUACAGAUAUGUUAAAAAGAUGGCAACCAAACUGUUUGACUCGUGAACGUGAACGUGCACUUGGACACCCAAUGUUUGAACAAAAGGAACGGACUAGUCUGGCGUCCACGAGGACGCUCGCGCUCACUGAUCUUGCAAUCAUCUGCAAAGACCCUGAUCUCAUCUGAUCCUUGUCAGCUGCGCAUGCAUCCGAGCUCGCAGGAGAGGAAGUUUGUCUUGAACAUUGUUGACUGCAGCCAUCGUCCGUUUGGCUUGUGUCUGAGAUUACUAGCAGAUGCCCUGACCUGCACAGACCCAAACAUGAAGGAGCAUAAUUUCUGGACUCAUUAGCACAUGAUGUGAAGUCUUUGGAAAAGUGGAUUGAACUCCUCCUGUGAAGCUAUGGCCAGAUUUACUCCUGAAGGACUGUUCUAACCUAUGCGCAUCUAUAAAAUGUUCUAAAAGAUGUUGCUAAAGCUAACUUCUCUUCCCUGUUGUCUCCCAUGAUGUGAUGGUGUUCUGCCUUUUGGUAUGGUGGUACUUAGCCAAAUUCUUACAGAAGUCUCUUAAAUCUUGCUGUCACUGGCCUGUAGUCUCAGUACUGAGUCAGAAACAGGUAUUUACAUGUAUCAAAUAUGUAAUUAAAAAGAUUAAACUGAACAUUUGUUAUCUACUAUGGAUUUAAAAAACAAACAAACAAAAAAAAAACAAUGGCUUCAGAACAAUCAGCUAGAGGGUGAAUUGUGUCUCAACGAGAUUUCUACUUACCUUUUUAAAAAUGUUUUUGUAUCUUGACUAACUGCCAUCAUGGUCUCUCCCAUUUGAAAGCAGGGUCAUACUGGUUGCACUUGUUAAUGGCCAAUCUGCCUGUCAUUGCUGUUACUAAGCAGCAUAGUCAAGUUCAGUGUUCUUGCUAUGUGAAUAAGUGCUUAUUUAAAGGAGGGAACACGUUACUGGGUUCAGUACACUGUCUAUAGAGAAAGACAUGAGCAAAACCAUGGGCCUUGCCUGUACUGUACCUUUACUAAACUAAAACCAACAGACUGAAUUUUCCGUCUUUUGUUGUUUAAAACGGGCUGCUUCUGUCUUCUGUCUGCAGUGUCUGAGAACUGUGUCUGACUUUCAAGUACCUACAGUAUCAGUAUGGAAUAAAUGAUUUUACACCUUUCAA